CCCACUGGCAGAUCAUCUUGAUGCAGUGUGCCACAUCAACCCGUACAAAACAAGAUGGCACUUUUGCUGACUGUUUCCCAAGGCAUCAUCUCCAGAACCCAGCAGUGUGUCAAUGAGGAGUCAUCAGUCCAUGUUGAAGCCCAUAGAACUCUGUAAUGGAGCAGGGACCUCUGACCCCAGAAGUGGGGAGAUCAUCCUGUCAGACGCUUAGCAGACAGGACACCACUGAAUCAGACCUCCCUGAGGGGACUGAGGACGAGCAGCAGGAUUUUCUCAAGUCAGUGGAUGAUGUUCUGCAGAGAGUGAAAGACAAACACAAAAGCAUCAUGAAGAACAAGUAUGAGAAUUUAUUUGAGGGAAUCAAAGCACAAGAGAAUCAAACGCUCCUGAAGAAAAUUUACACACAGCUGUACAUCAUAGAGGGAGAGAGUGAAGGAGUGAAUGAAGAACAUGAGGUUUUACACAUGGAGAAAAAGCCCAGAAGAACACAAGACUUACAAGACACUCCAAUCUACUGCAAUGACAUCUUUAAACCUCAAUCACAUCAAAGAGACAAAAUCAAGAGUGUUCUUACUAAAGGCAUCGCUGGAAUUGGAAAAACAGUCUCUGUGCACAAGUUCAUUCUGGAUUGGGCCGAGGGAACAGCCAAUCAGGACGUAGAUUUCAUGUUCCUGCUUCCGUUUCGAGAGCUGAACUUGAUUCGAGAGCAUCGCUACAGUCUUCACAAACUUCUGCUGGACUUUCAUCCUGAACUUCAAGAUGUGGACUCAAAGAUUUAUGAGGAGUGUAAAGUUGUGUUCAUCUUUGAUGGUCUGGAUGAAAGCAGAAUGACUCUGAUGUUUUCAGACAGUGAAAAAGUUUCUGAUGUGACGGACACUUCAUCAGUGGCUGUGUUGAUGUCAAACCUCAUGAAAGGAGAUCUGCUUCCCUCUGCUCUCAUCUGGAUAACCUCCAGACCAGCAGCAGCCAAUCAGAUCCCCUCCAAAUACAUCACGCGUGUGACAGAAAUCCAGGGAUUCAAUGACGCUCAGAAGGAGGAAUAUUUCAGGAAGAGAAUCAGCGACGAGCAUCAAGCCAGCAGAAUCAUGUCACACAUUAGAAGAGCGAGAAGCCUCCACAUCAUGUGUCACAUACCAGUCUUCUGUUGGAUCUCAUCCACUGUGCUUCAGAAGAUCCUGACACAAGAUCACAGUGAAGAAAUCCCCAAAACUCUGAGUGAAAUGUACAUCCACUUCCUGCUGAUUCAGAUGAAGAUGAAGAAUGAGAAGUAUGAUCCAGAGAGAGAUCCAGAGAUCAACAGAGAAGUGAUUGUGAAACUGGCUGAAGUGGCUUUCAAACAGCUGAUGAAGGGCAAUGUGAUGUUCUAUGAGGAGGAUCUGAGAGAGUGUGGGAUAGACAUCACUGACGCCUCGCUGUAUUCUGGCAUCUGUACUGAGAUCUUUAAGGAGGAAUCUGUCAUUCAUCAGAGGAAGAUCUACAGCUUCAUACAUCUCAGUCUUCAGGAGUUCCUCGCUGCAUUCUACUGGUUUCGCUGCUGUACAUGCAGUUCUCUCACAGCGCUUGGAGAUUUUCAACCAUUGUAUAAUCUGCUUAAAGGUGCAGGUUCUAAAGCUCUUGAGAGUGAAACUGGUCAUCUGGAUCUUUUCUUGAGAUUUCUGUUGGGCAUCUCAAUGGAGUCCAAUCAGAGACUCUUACAGGAUCUACUGACACACACAGUGGACACAUCACAAACCAUCAAGAAAACCACACGGUACAUUAAAGGCAAAAUACAAAAUUUGAACAUUUCUGACUGCAUCUCCACUGAAAGAUCCAUCAAUCUGUUCUUGUGUCUGUCUGAAGUGAAUGAUCAGACUCUGUACAGAGAGAUUGAGGAGUUUGUGAGAUCAGACAAACACUCAGAGAAGAAACUCUCUGCUGCUCACUGUUCAGCAAUAGCCUACAUGCUUCAGAUGUCAGAGGAGGUGAUGGAUGAGUUUGAUCUGAAGAAAUACAACACAACACUGGAGGGCAGAAGAAGACUCACACCAGCUGUCAACAACUGCACAAGAGCUCUACUUGCUGACUGUAAUCUCACAGUUGAGUCGUGUAAAAUCAUCUCUUCAGCUCUUCAAUCUUCAGAUUCUCCUCUGAGAGAGCUUGAUGUGAGUAACAAUGAUCUUCAGGAUUCAGGAGUGAAGCUGAUCUCUGAUGCUCUCAAGAACACAAACUGUCAACUUCAGAUACUGAGGUUAUCAGGUUGUAUGGUGACAGAUGAAGGAUGUUGUUAUUUGGCUUCAGCUCUGAGUUCAAACCCGUCACACCUGAGAGAACUCGACCUGAGCUACAAUCACCCACAACACUCAACACUUCAGCUGCUCGCUUAUCAAGAUGAUCCAAACUACACACUCAACAAACUCAAUUUAGACUAUGGAGGACUUUGCAGGGUUAAACCGGGACUACAGAAAUAUUUCUGUGAUCUCUCACUGGAUCCAAACACAGCCAAUGUUCACCUCAUGCUGUCUGAAGAGAACAAAAAGGUCACAUAUGUGAAAGAUCCUCAGCCGUAUCCUGAUCAUCCAGACAGAUUUGAAGGUGUCCCGAAGGUUCUGAGUACAGAGAGUCUGACUGGACGCUGUUACUGGGAGGCUGAAUGGAAAGUGUGGGCCCGUAUAGCCGUGAGCUAUAAAGAAACCAGCAGGAAAGAAGGCAGUAAUAGUAUAUUUGGACUUGAUGACAAAUCCUGGAGUAUUUUCUGCAAUACCAAUGGAUUUAACGUUUGGCACAACAAUACAUCCAAGAACAUACCUGCUAUUUCAUCUCCAUCUAAUAGAGUAGGAGUGUAUGUGGAUUGUUCUGCCGGCAUUUUGUCCUUCUACAGCGUCUCUGACACACACACACUCACACACUUACACACAUUCAACACAACAUUUACUGAACCUCUAUAUGCUGGAUUUGCAAUCAAUAUACUCAACUCUUCAGUGUUUCUGUGUAAAUAAACACACACACACAUUAUUGUCAAGUAUUAUUUAUCAUUUGUAAUAUCGUGUGUACAUUUUUUAAUGGCACAAUAAAGACCAAGUCAAACUAAAAUGAUGCUGGUAACUUAAUGAUGGUAAUUUUGUCAGCAGGGAUGGCCACAGUAAGUGAUGUAGUACUCGAGACCGGCUGUCUUUGGU